CCCGGAACUUUCCGAAAAUCCAUUCUAAUCCAAAAUGGCGGACGACAAGUGUUGUGCUAACGAUGUUUGUAACAAACCAAAAGACCUGAACAUCUUUGAAGCUGCACAAGUUGGGGAUAUCAAAGUCUGCAGAGAUCUUGUAGCACAGAAUGGAGUGAAAAUCUUGAGUGAACAUGAUGAAAAAGGGCACACUCCGUUACACUGGGCAGCACUUGGAGGCCACAUCGAAAUCCUUAAAUUCUUUAUAAACUGUGGAUCUGAUGUAAAUAAGCCAAGCAAAGCUGACUAUGGGCCAUACCCCAUCCACUGGGCAUGUGUCGGAGGUCAUAUUAUGGCUGUGGACUUACUAUUACAGAACGGUGCAAAUAUAGACUCUACUGAUAAUAAGGGGUGCACUCCUCUGAUUAUUAGUGCCCAAUACGGGCGUGCCAUGAUGGCGGGGUAUCUCAUUGGUAAAGGAGCCAAGCCAGUUAUAUGCGACUGCGAAGGAGAUUCACCACUUCAUUGGGCGGCAUUUAAAGGUCACAGCGAGACAGUGCAGUUACUUCUGUACUCUGGCUUUGAUCCCAAACAAAAGGACAAAUUUGGUCAGACCCCUCUUCACCUGGCUUGCCUUAGUGGAGAUUUACUUACUGUGGAACACAUUGUUGAUAUGGAUGUGGAUCUCAAUGUUCCAGACUCUAAUGGCAAAACUCCAUUGAUGCUGGCAUUUGGCAGAAAUCAUACAGAGGUUAUCCACUUCAUGCAGAGUAAACUGAAUCGAUUUGUCAAGUGUAGUAUAAGAGAUAUAGUGUUCGGUCCUCCUGGGCGGUCCAGAGGUGCUCUUAUGUUCUACUUUGCUAAUCUCUUUUGCUGGGGCUACCCUGUCUAUAUUUAUGAUGUGCUGCCUAACACAUGGGAGUUUACGCCGACUGCUCAUGUGCUAUUCAUAUUGACCAAUGUUCUAAUGUGGAUCACCUUGUAUUAUGCUAAUAAACGAAACCCUGGAUAUUUACCAUGCAACACGGAUGAGUAUGACAGUGCACUCAGGCAGGUUCGUUUCUUUGAUGAGUGGCAGGCAAAAACUGGACAAAACCCUUUGGAGAAUUUGUGUCACACAUGUCGUCUGGUCCGCCCGCUGAGAGCAAAGCACUGUCGGACAUGUAACAGAUGUGUCCAGCAUUUCGACCACCACUGUCCAUAUAUCAAUAACUGUGUGGGGUUAAAUAAUAGGGCGCCAUUUUUCCUGUUUACCGUGUGUGUGUUGGUCUGCUGUUUUAUCACACUCUAUUUCGCUGUUACUAUGCUGGGUGUCUACGGCUUUAGCAUCGUCUAUUCAAUUGGUCUGGUACAAUUUGUCAUCAUCACCUCACUGCUCACAGCGCUUGUUGUUUUCCAGGCUCACCAAAUCGGCAUCAAUAUGACUACAAAUGAGCGAAUCAACAAGAAGCGCUACAAGUAUUUACGGGGACCAUCCGGGAUCUUCACCAAUCCGUUCGACCGCGGAUAUAUCAAGAACUGCUUUGAGUUCUUCCACAUGGUGCAAGUUCCCAGUAAAAAGCAGAACCUCAUGUACAAUAUAUGACACUUUUUACCGCUCUUCUCAAGCAACAAGGACGCCUGACGCGCUUUCCAUAUGAAUGUUUUCCUUUGCAAAAUUUGUAGUUGCCCGUUUAUACGUAGCCUCCCUCGCAGGCACUGAGUGAGCGACCUGCGUAAAAACGCCUGGGAGGGAAGCUCGUUUACAGUCGAUUGACAAUAGGGACUUUAAGGUGCGUCAACGGCUACGACGGAGUGACCGUGAUAUAACACUUUAAGGCUUGGCGACAAAUUCCUCAAUAGUUUCGAUAAAAUUACCUAGACUUUACAUUUAGGAACAAACAGAAAUUAACUGUAAGCUUCAUUUCUAGCAUAGGAAACAGCGAAAAGUUAAUUUAUACUCCAACCGACCACGUACUCGCCAGACCGUAAAACUUGGAAUUUUACGUCGUGUUUUGACGAAGAACGGUUGGAAAUCUAUCAGGCAUUUUCACGAGCAACUUUCAAUUCUCCAAUUAAUUCCAUUGUUUUCUACGUCGCCGUACUCGUAUCUUAAAGUCCCUGAUAGGUUGUCGUAAACCGGCUUCGCGACUACGCGACAAGCCCGCAGGUAAGCAUGGGUAAAAACCACUGAAGCGCCAACGCGUCUAAACCUGGUGUUAUGCGUUGACUAAUAUAUGCAGCAAGGCGCUUCAGUAGUUUUCACCCAUGCUUACAUGCGGGCUUGUCGCGUAGUCGCGAAGCCGGUUGAGGACAACCUUUUGUCAAUCGCCUUUAUGCGAGGCUGUACCCAUGGUGUAAACGCAUCCUUCUUGUUUCUGGUCAGAAUUGAAUAGGAACGCGAAUGUUAUUUUGGAAUUGCGUCGGUUUUGUAAAUGAUGGCCAUUUCUGAGUCAAUACUGUCUGUUAAACCGAGUUGUAGUAAGUUUUAAUUUAACAUUUUUAAGACCUUUGAAUAGGUUUGUAAAGGUCCUUUGAAAUC